UCAUCCGGUCUUUCCUGGUGCUGGUGCUGCUUCCGCUCGCUCGAUUGAUGAGUGGCGUGUGUCGUGCGUCGGGACCUGCAGUGCGUGAAAGUGUCUGAGAGUGUGUGCGCGCAUCGACUGGGAAAAAGAAGAGCUGUCGUCCUUCCAAAAGGAUAUUUGUGUUAUGUUUUACCUUUUGUGAAGUGUCAUUAUGAGUUAGAGUGCGGUCCUAAUUGAAGGAAUUUCCAGCUUUGUUCUGUUGGAUUUGAAGAUGAACUGUAUGCUUUUCAAGAAGCAUGAACAUAUUUCGGUUUCGCCAAGAUAAAUUCAACUACUUUGCUGUUAUUGCUGCUACUUCUCUCAGUAUAUUCGUUUGCUAAUGCUGAUAUCGGUUGUCCAACAAGGGUCUCAUCAAUGGAAUUCUGAGAAGGAAGGUGAACUUGGGGCGAUGUUACCUCAACAACUGAUUAUCAAUUAAAACAACGAAAUAUUAUAGGAUAGAUUUACACUCGCCAUUCGUUUCGAAGAAUGUCACCACAAGGGUUCACCUUCAAUCACCCCCGUCGAUUCAUCUCAUCGAGCGUGUGAUUGAACCUUGAGCGGAUUCCCCAACAACACACCCACACAUACCAUUCGACAGUUGAUUUCAUCGCUCGUAUCUUAUAACGAGGCGUCUGCCAUUUUCCCCGCCGGGACCAUUAUCACCACACACGUCGUCAAGAUAGCGGCCCCAGCAGCAGCUGCAACGGCCACAGUUGUCGUUUCGGGACCCAUCAAGAUGCGUCUGAAAAGCGCGCGAAAAAGCUUCAGCCGGCACAAACACAAGCACGGACUGGAGUUCCCUCAGCCCAGUGAGGUGACCGAGGCAUCGCUGGAACUAUGGCGAACUCUGCCCACGAAGAUCCGGCAGGACCCGAGCAUGGUGUCGUUCCAGCAGGUCGAACUCGAGCACGCCCGGCUGCAUGCCAGCAUACACGGUUAUUCGAGAGGUCCCAGCCCCGUUGAGGCUAACUUUUGUAGACUUGCAGGCGAUGACCACGAGGAUUCCUUUCCGGAUAUACAACCGAUGGAUGACGACGAGGACGGGGAGGAAGAGGAGGAUGAGGACGAUGAGGAUAACGGAAACGAGUUCAUCACCAUCAAUGUCACCAACGAGCAGGGUGUCAACAAGGAGCUGGAGCACAUUAAGGAGAAGAAGGAAAUUCCGAAGCCGCACGUGCAUCACCUGGCGGGGCACUACAUCGGCAACAUUACUCCACCGAAGCACGAGGACAUCGACACCGGACAAAACCACCUGGACGAGGAUCAUCCCUUCCGCAAGUACUCCAAGAUCAUCUGCCUGUUCAUCACGUGGAUGGUGAUCAUCGCUUUCCUGGUGGUCAAGGACGAAAAACUGGUCCACGCCAAGCAACUGUCGAUUCCGGCCGGCAAAACUAGGCCCUAUAUCCUGCCCAAGUUACCACUCAGUUCCAAGGUUAAGUUCUCCUUCGAGGGAACGUUUCUCGGUGAGCAAUACACCAACAUUACGGAGCACUAUUUGACCAUUUACUUGCAAUCGCUCACGUCGACUCUGGAGGGUAAUGAUAGUGAACUGCUGAAUUCGGAUUCUGUGCACAAUAUUAGCGAUCCCUGGCACGUACCCAUCGUUCAUCCAUAUCUGUUUGACAGUGCGCCAAUCAUUAAGAAGCAGCACAGCUUCGAUAUCAGCGAUAACAAUUUCGAGCGGAUUCAUGCGCAGAGUAGCGCGGUCCGGAUGAUGGUUAAGAGCAAUAUAAAGGCUAGUUUCCCAAUUAGUGUAAAGUAUGAUCAGAGUCCCGUCAAUCGAGACAUAGGAGUGAUCUACGCUGCAUUUGUAUUGAUUUUCUUGUACGCUUUGAUCAUCUGGGAGGUGGUUCAUCGGACGUUUGCGGCAGUGAUCGCAUCGACACUGGCCAUCUCGAUCCUGGCGGCUCUGGAUGAUCGGCCCACGAUGGAGGACAUUGUCGGCUGGAUCGACGUGGAGACGAUCCUGUUGCUGUUUUCGAUGAUGAUCUUGGUGGCCAUCCUGGCAGAGACGGGCAUUUUUGACUUUUUGGCUGUUUAUAUCUAUAAGAUUACCAACGGUAAAAUUUGGAACCUUAUUCACUGUUUAUGCAUAUGUACUACUCUGAUCUCUUCUUUCCUGGACAAUGUAACUACGGUGCUUCUGAUGGCUCCAAUAACUAUAAGAUUAUGCGAGGUCAUGGACAUGAAUCCGGUACCGGUGCUGAUGGCCAUUACCGUCCACGCCAAUAUCGGAGGAACGAUGACCCCGGUAGGCGAUCCACCAAACAUCAUCAUCACGUCGAACCAGUACAUUUUGAAACACGGUGUUACAUUUUUGACCUUUACUGCUCACAUGAUGGUCGGCGUGAUCAUAGUCGUAAUUGCAACAAACAUCCAUCUGCGACUGAAGUACAAGAACAUCAAUAACCUUCGAAUGCACGAGCCUAAGGAACUGAAGGAGCUGAGACGCAACAUCAAGGUUUGGGAACGGGCUGCUGGCAAGAUUCCCCCGUAUUCGAAGGAUGCCAACAUCGUGCGGGAAACGUUGAUGAAGAAGGUUCGGCUGCUGCGGCAUGAGCUGAAGAAGAAAAUGACCAAAGGCAGCGUGCCGGAGGAUCUGUACCGAACGACCUUGGAGGAACUGCAGAAGGAACACCCCAUCAAGAACAAGGGACUGCUGAUAAAGUCCGGAGUGGUGUGUGCCUUCAUCAUUUCGCUGUUCUUCCUCGAGUCCAUUCCGGAACUUCGGCGAAUGUCUUCUGGGUGGGCAGCGUUGCUGGGUGUGAUGCUCUUGCUGAUCAUCUCCGAUAAAAACGACAUGGACGCCGUUCUGUCGCGUAUCGAAUGGCCAACACUGCUCUUCUUUGCUGCCAUGUUCACACUGAUGGAGGCCGUUGAACGGAUGGGACUGAUCGACUGGAUCGGUCAUGCUACGGAGUCAAUUAUCCAAUCGGUAUCGGAGGAUUUAAGGCUGGCGGUGGCCAUAAUAAUUAUUCUGUGGAUUUCGGCCCUGACUUCGGCGUUCGUAGACAGCAUACCGGUGACGGCCAUGAUGGUCAAGAUCGUGGUGGCUCUGUCGGAGAAGUCGACCCUAGGCCUUCCUCUGCAACCGCUGGUUUGGGCUUUGGCUUUCGGUCCUUGUUUGGGAGGCAACGGAACACUGGUUGGUGCUUCAGCCAACGUGAUUUGCGCUGGAAUAGCGGAACAGCACGGCUAUCGGUUCAGUUUCAUGGACUAUUUUAAACUUGGAUUCCCCAUCAUGUUGGUUAGUGUGAUAGUAACGACAGGAUAUCUUAUCAUGGCUCACGUAGUGUUCGCCUGGCAUUGAGAAUGCACCCCUCUGAACCUGUUGGACCCGGUUUGAAACCAAUAACAACACAUCUAAGCCAAAACGCUCCAAAAAACCCACACCGUUUGUACGUCGCUAAAAGUGAACCAAAAUCCAUCCCUGGGAUGACAAGUCAUUUGUAUUUAUAACUGCAUUAUUAACCACUUUAUAGGAAGUAAGUAAGCAGAAACAACAGUGCUGUUAAGUGUUCUAGUGCUACUUUUCUAUGUUGUCAUAAGCUUAGUUUCACGUACAUAUGUUAUCGAAAAUGUCCGGUUUUCGAAUUGCCUCUCUGAAAUAUUUUUCUCUCUGUCCGUGUAGUCACCUAUGUUUGUCAGUCAGAGUAAGUGAAAGUUUUAGUAUGAUACGAAAGUUGUAGUUCAAUAAAUUAUGCCAAUCAAUA